AGUGUCUGUCAAAAGUCGGUCAAGAUAUUGGAUGCCAAAUUUAUUUUCUCAACUGGAAAUUGGAUUUCACUGAAAGUGUUAAGUGGUUUUCAGCAGCGGCAAGGAGCACUGAGACGACGUAUUACAAAAAUUUCAUCCAGCAGAAACUGUGUGCAAGUGUGCAACUUGAACGACAUGGCCGAUAUGCCCGACCUCGAGAGCCACGAGUCCAUCGACGAACAGGAGGAAAUCGAAGCUACCAUGAACGCGGCGGUUAAAAAAAAACCCAUAGCCACCGGGUCCGAGAAGCCCGGACCUGCAGCUCCCGAGACGGCGGCUACCUCCGGCAAGGGUGAGAAGCCAGAGAUCAAGGCGGAACCGCCUUCCAACUCCUAUGUGAAGGGCCUCGAGAAGGACUCGAAGGACGGGGAAUCCCCCAAGAAACCCGACUCUGAUCAGGAGGCCAAUGUUACGCCUGAGCUGAAGGAACAAGCUCCUCCGGAAGCUCUUGGCCAAUCCGGGGAUCAGAACAACACCCGUCAGCUGGGCGGAGAUAUGGGCCUGGGGGAACAAGCUCCUCCGGAAGCUCUUUGCCAAUCCGGGGAUCAGAAUAACACUCGUCAGCUGGGCGGAGAUAUGGGCCUGGAGGAACAAGCCCCACCGCAAGCUCUUCGCCAAUCCGAGGAGGAACAAAAACAAUCUAAGGGAAAUUCAUUGCCAAAGCGCAAAUAUCAGGAUACGGACAACGAUUCGCUCGCUACACCGACCAAGAAACCAAAGCUAAUGGAUCCAUAAGACAAGGACCAGGAGAUAGUCAUCGCCAAACUCCUGCUCGCCUUGCCAAAGAUGUGGAUCCUUUUCAACCUUAAACUAUGCCUAUAGGUCAUCUCUACGCCACGCCAGUGGCGGACAAUUUGAAAUAUCAUUUCAUUGAAUUAGUUAUUUGUCUU